AUAGCCAUCGCCCACUUUAUCACUUCCUUUUGUCGUUUAUCCUUAUCCCUCCAAAACCGUGUGCUUCCCUCCCAUUGAAUCCUUCUAAAACCGAAUGCUGCACAAAUUGUCAAAUUCCCCUCAAAGCAACCCACAGGCCACACUUUAUUAAACCCACCCUAAACUUUUGACCCAUCAUCAUUCAACCCUAAACCCUAAAAAAAAUAAAAAAAAAAGGAAAGAACAACAACAAACAAAAAAAAUCAAACCAAUAAUGUGUAGAACCACUGAUUUCUACCGGGAAGAUCGCUUUCUCCGGCUUAAAUCAAUCUCACUCCAACUUUCUCUCUCCACCACCACCGUCUCUCUCCUCCCUGAAUCUCUCACCUUAGUCUUCCUUCCUCGCAUCAACGCCACAAUUCUCGAAAUCAACGGCUCAAGAAUCCUCCCUGAUUCUCCCGCUUUUCUCUCUCUUCACCGCGUCCACCACUCCGACGCCGUUUUCACCUCCAACGACGUCGUUCGAGCCGGAGAAGGUGUCGUUUUCGAGGUCCACGUCGCCGAUAACCGCCUCCUCCGAGGAGUUUUCCGGCAAUGCCACGACGGCGUUCUGAGAGCGAAGUGCAAGGAUGAUUUGCGGAGAGAGUUUGGUGUGAGAGAAGUUGAGGUUUGCUUUACGUCGGAAAAUGAUGUCGUUAUGAGAGAGAAAGUAGUGGCGAAGAAAAGAAGGUUUUGUCGGAAGUUUGAGGUGGCGUUGGAGGAUAUUCCUGAGGAGAGAGAGUGUGACGUAUGCUCUUGCUGUUGUGAUGAGAUUGUGGAUAGAUCAGACGGUGGAGAUGAUGAUGAUGUUGAUGAUAUGAUGAAGAUGGAGAUGGAAGGUGUUAAGUGGGCUGUUGAUGUAGGGAUUUGGGUGGUUUGUUUGGGUGUAGGCUUUUUGGUGUCUAGAGCUUCUGCUAGAAAAUUAAGACAGAGAAAAUUCUUAAUGUGAGACAAGUUUUUGUACAUUUGCUUAAACAUUUUUGUCAAUUUUGCAAUUGUAGAUACAUACACUCUUAUGGAUUGAGGUUAUAUUGUUGAGAUGGAUUCUCUUUAUCUUUAAAAGAAUAAAAUAAGUUUUAAGUUUGAUAA